AUGAACAAGAAACUGGACAAGCUUGAAUCAAUCGAAGCGCAUUUAAAACACGUGGAUCAUGAUAUCACCGAACUUAAACACUCGCUAUCUUAUAUGCACGAUACAACUGAAGAAUUGAAGUUAAAACAAACCUCCUAUGAUGAUAUAUUAUUGAAAAAUGAAGAAAAAAUAGGCAGUCUCGAGAAGUUGGCGUCAACCCUUAAAGAAGAGCUAAUUGACCUCAGGGCACGAAGCAUGAGGAGUAACCUUAUGUUUUACAAUCUACCUGAGAAUGAUGAAGAAGAUCCUGAAAAAGUGGUGUCAGAGGUAUUGGAGAAGAUCAAUUCCGAAUUCAAGAAGAUGGAAAUCGAAAGGGUGCACAGAAUUGGGAAAAAAAGGUUGGGUUCGGUGCGACCUAUUGUUGCGAAAUUCCUCCGCUUCAAAGAUAAGGAACUUAUCCGGAAGAACAGCAAAAAGCUAAAAGGUACCAAUAUUGGAAUAUCCGAGCAGUAUCCCAAGGAAAUCGCCGAGGAAAGGAAAAAGCUAUACCCAAUAAUGAAAGAGGCAAGACAAAACGGAUCAAAAGCAGUCAUGAUCAGAGACAAGUUGUAUAUAAAUGACCAGAGGUAUUUUCCGACACGUUGA